UCGGCGCUGUAAGGUGACACAUGGACUUGCUCCGCUCGCUCUAAUUUCUGCCUGAUUCACUUAUUGUGGCGCUCACACAGAGCGAGAGGAGAGAGAGGGCGAGAGGAGAGAGAGACACACACACGCACGCAGAGACAGAGUGAGAGACACAGAGAGUGAGAGAUAACGUGAGAGAGAGAGAGAGAGGGACACACACACACAGAGGGACAGAGUGAGAGACACACACACAGAAGCGAACACAGUCGGUCCCCAGCUCUGAGCCUCCUCCUCCCCCCUCCCCCUGCCCAGAGCUUCAACUCCACCAGCAACAGCAGCACCUCCUUGCCUGCCACAACCACCACACACACACGCGGCCUGCCCACGAGGAGCUUUCCUGAGCGGUGUGCCUGGCGCGGUGGGGUGCGGGUGCCAUGUGGUUUACACGGCACCCAUACUAAACCAGCAGUCUUACAGGCGGUUGCGAUGGUGGUGGUGGUGGUGUGAGCGGUACACCGGAACACCAUGACCUCCAUGGACAGGCACAUUCAGCAGACCAACGACCGGCUGCAGUGUAUCAAACAGCACCUGCAGAGUCCCGGGAGUUUCCAGACGGCCGCGCGGGAGCUGCUCGACUGGUGUGGGGAUCCCCGCGCCUUCCAGCGCCCCUUCGAACAGAGCCUCAUCGCCUGCCUCACGGUUGUGAGCCGUGUGGCCGCUCAGCAGGGCUUUGACCUGGACCUUGGCUACCGGCUCCUUGCCGUGUGUGCCGCUCACCGCGACAAGUUCACCCCCAAAUCCGCAGCGCUGCUGUCGUCCUGGUGUGAGGACCUCGGUCGCCUGCUGCUGCUGCGCCACCAGAAGACGCGGCAGAGCGAGGGGGGCGCCAAGCUCACCCCGAUGCAGCCGGGGAUGAACGCCAUGAAGCCCAAUCUCCCGCCUCCGCACGGGGACGGCCCAUUCACAUACAACGAGUCCGUGCCGUGGCCACAGAACCCGAACCAGCCGCCGGGGUCGCUCUCCGUCGUCACCACGGUGUGGGGCGUCACCAACACCACGCAGAGCCAGGUUCUGGGAAACCCCAUGUCCAACAAUCCGGGGCUGCCAGGCAACAACCCUGGCAUGACGUCGCCCCAGUUCUCCAAUCAGCAGCAAUCCUUCCAGGGCGGCGGAGGCAACGCUGGCAAGAUGUACAUUCAGCAGGGGAUGUACGGCCGCGGGGGUUACCCCGGGGCGGGGGCCGGAUACCCUGGCAGCUCUCAACCACGCGGUAGCUUUCCCCAGCCCGCAGCAGCUGCUGCUGCCGCUGCUGUUGCCGCGGCGGCUGCCACGGCAACAGCCACCGCCACGGCAACUGUUGCCGCCCUCCAGGAGAAACAGAACCAAGAGAUGGGCCAGUAUGGAGCGGUGCGUACCAUUGAACCCGAGGGGGUGGCACACGGAACAUACCACUACGAUCACGGGGGGUGUAGGGUUUGCUCCUCUUUCCAGAUGGGCCCCGGGCAACCCUACCAGAACCAGUUCCUGAGCCAGCCAGGUCCACGCGGGGGGCCCGGCAUGUCGGGCCCCAUGAACCCGCAGGGCAUGUCGCGGCCGCCGGGCCUGGGGCCCCUGUACCCGGCGCCGCCCGGGCAGCGCAUGGGGCAGCAGGCGGGGGGCGGGUACCCCCCCGGGCACGGCGCCCAGCGCGUCGGCCCGCAGAUGGGAAUGAAACGCGCCUAUCCGGGAGAGGGCUAUGGUCCCCAGUAUCCUGGUGGAGGUCCUCAGUAUGGAGGAGCCCAAGGGGGUCAGUUCCCGCAAGCCGCCCCCCAGCGAACCCUGGCCUCCCCGGGCUACCCCGGGCAGCGGCUGCCCGGGCAACCGGGCGGGCAGUACCCGCCCAACCCGGCCAUGGGCCAGUACCCCAACCCCAGCAUGAGCCAGUACUACAAGCCCCAGGAACAGUACAGCACCCAGAACUCCAGCUUCCCUGCGGGCAGCUAUGGCUAUGGACAGCAAGCGUACCCUGGGGCGAGGGGGAUGCCCGGUUACCCUCACUCCCCGAUCCCCGGGAACCCGACCCCGCCGGUGACCCCGGGGAGCCACGUGCCGCCGUACCUGUCCCCGAGCCAGGACGUGAAGCCCCACUACCCACCCGACGUGAAGCCGCCGUACCCCCCCGACGUCAAGCUGGGUCUGGUCCCGCCGACAGGGAACCCCGGGGAUGAGCUGCGUCUCACGUUCCCGGUGAGGGACGGCAUCGUGCUGGAGCCGUUCCGCCUGGAGCACAACCUCGCCGUGUCCAACCACGUGUUCCACCUGCGCCAGUCCGUGCACCAGACCCUCAUGUGGAGGCCGGACCUGGAGCUUCAGUUCAAGUGUUACCAUCACGAGGACCGGCAGAUGCACACAAACUGGCCGGCGUCCGUGCAAGUGAGCGUGAACGCGACGCCGCUCAACAUCGAGCGCGGGGAGAACAAGACGUCGCACAAGCCGCUGCACCUCAAGCACGUGUGCCAGCCCGGCCGCAACACCAUCCAGAUCACCGUGACGGCCUGCUGCUGCUCACACCUAUUCGUGCUGCAACUGGUGCACCGCCCCACGGUUCGCUCCGUGCUACAGGGGCUGCUCAAGAAGCGCCUCCUGCCCGCCGAGCACUGCAUAACCAAGAUAAAACGUAACUUCUCAUCAGUGGCCGUGUCGUCGGGGAGCGGCCUCAACGGAGAGGACGGCGUGGAGCAGACGGCCAUCAAGGUGUCGCUCAAGUGCCCCAUCACCUUCCGCAGGAUCACGCUGCCCGCGCGGGGACAGGACUGCAAGCACGUGCAGUGCUUCGACCUCGAGUCGUAUCUGCAGCUGAACUGCGAGCGUGGCACUUGGCGCUGCCCCGUGUGCAAUAAAACGGCGCUGCUGGAGGGCCUGGAGGUGGAUCAGUACAUGUGGGGCAUCCUGGACGCCAUCCGCAACACGGAGGUCGAGGAGGUGACCAUCGACCCGACGUGCAGCUGGCGCGCCGUGCCCAUCAAGUCGGACGUGCACGUGAAGGAGGACCCCGACGGGCCGCUCGCCAAGCGCUUCAAGCCGACCAGCCCCAGCCAGACGGCGCUGCCCAACGUCCUGGAGACCAUCGCCGCGCUGGGCCCCGCCGGAUACCCCUCCGAGUACACUCACCAGGGCAACAGCUACGCUGGCCAGGGCGGUUUUGGAGAGUUCCCGCAAGGUUCUUCGGCAGCACCAGCCCUCAACGACUUCAUGAGCGGCCCCCAGCUCUCGCACCCGCCUGAUGGAAUUCCUGAGCAGAUGUCUCACUCACAUCCACAUGGCCCCGAGCAGCCCCACAAUGCAAUGCAGCCGGGUCAGGGCCCACCAAUGGGAGGACAGCACCAUCAGCAUCACCAGCAACAACAGCAGCAGCAGCACCAGCAACAACAACAUCAGCAGCAGCAGCAACAGCAGCAGCAGCAACAACAGCAGCAGCAGCAGCAACAACAGCAGCAGCAGCAACAGCAACAACAGCAGCAGCAUGGCAUGCAGGGCGGCGGGCAGGGGGGCGGCCUGCACCAUGGGGGGCCACAACAGCAACCCCAGUCGGCGCCUCCACCGGAGCUGGGUUUCAACCCAGGUCUGGACGGGCCGGGCGGUGGAGGUGGAACCCCAGAGGUCCCAGAACCAUCGUUGGAUCUGUUGCCGGACCUGACCAAUCCCGAUGAGCUACUGUCAUACCUUGACCCCUCGGACCUCCCUAACAACAGCAACGACGACUUGCUGUCUCUCUUCGAGAACAGCUGAGCGAGCCCCCGCCCACUUCUGUCCAUCUCCCAACCCCCCAACCCUUAACCAUGAGCCCUCAGCCCCCUCCCCUCUCCACCUCCCCGUCACCCGCCCCCCCCCCCGUCAUCGGCUCCGUGUCCGACCUCACGAACGAUGUGCCGGCCGGCGUCACGUGACUGGCCUAGGAACCGACUGCUGACACGUGGCCCGGGCAGGCGGCACGUGACCGUGUGUCUCUGGCUGGCGGUCACAUGACGUAAACGGCCGCCUGCUACCCCUGCUCAAACUACCGCGUCUCUGCAAUCUUAUUGGACAGCUGGGAUUAUGUGACCAGGAACAGUGACUCUUCGCUCCGCAGAUGGAACUCCUGACCGAGCUGCUCGGGUCGGCCUUCGUGGAUCACGUGAUAGUACGAGAGGAACACACGGGGUGGGGUCGCGUUCUCACCUUCGCUGCGUCUUCCCGAGCCGAGGCUGCCAGGACCCACGCACCCCGCGAUGGGCUGUGCUUCCUGAACCCUCCCUCACUCUCUGUGCCCUGCGAACUUAACCCUACCCGUCGUCACCCCCCCCACCACCACCAAUGCUUCACCUCCUCACCCGACGAUCGCAGCAGCAGCAGCAGCAGCAGCAGCGUCAGCCCCCAGUGGCCUCGCGAUCCUCCCGCACUCCCCCGAGCGGCCGCUGCGCGGAUUCUGUAAAGCACAAACGGCCACCGCGUGGACAAGAGAAGGCCGCUCAAGCCUCCUCGCCACCCAAACAACGAGGGCACGAGGCAGAGAACAGGGGGAGCAACGGGAGCGGAAGGGAAACGGAGAAACAGGGAGACGGAGGCAGAUGGAGAAAUGGCGGGGCUGGACAGGUUGGCAGAGGGAGAGAAACCGGGACGACGCGCGCGCGCCGCGCUUGCUGGCGGCAGACAUUUUAGAUGUGAAGCGUGGGCGGACGAGGGGGACGGACGGCAGCUGUGCCCCAGCCCCCUCGUGCCCAUCGCUCCCUCGCCCUCGUCGCUCGCUCGUCCCGCCGCAAGCCGGCGACGUCGACGCAACAGAAAAAGGGAUUCGCUUAAAGCACAAAGCCGAGCCGCGCGGCACCACCCGCAGCCGGCAACCCCUUCCGGCCGACGCUCACUUCCCGUGGCUGCCGGCUGCCGCAGUCUGGUGGUGUUGCCCCCGCUCGCUCCUUUGCUCCGUCGAUCCCUCGAUCCCCUACGACCCCUGUGAAGGGGGCCGGAGGAGGGGGCACUCCUCCCCCCUCCCCUGUCGGUGAAUCCCAGGCCCGCAGCCUCUCGUCUGGGCGACUCUCCCAGCCUCUCCCUGCCGCCCCAAGCCAGGGUCUGCACCCCCCUCGUUCCUCCCAGGACAACCCCCGCCCUCCCCCCUGACCCCCCCGCCAGCAAACACUGCAAUAACCACAUGAAUUGGGUGCAUGCGCUGCCACUGAGCGCCCGUUAUUUUAUGAAACUACGUUUUUAUUUGGUAUAUGUUGUAUUUAAUUUGAAAACCAAACUCGUGAUGCUUCUAAAUGAAGGUUUUUAAUUUUUUUUGUUAUUUUAUAGAAACUUUUUAGUAAUAAAUAAUAGAGAGAUGGGGGGGGGGGGUUCUUUUUUUUUUCACCAAAGGCAAACUUUGUAAUGUCGCUAGCCCUGUUUGUGUCGUCGUUGCUGAUGAUGAUGAUGAUGAUGUCGUUGUUGUUGUUAUUGUUGUUGUGGUGUGACCGGGCCGUGGCCUCUCAACCCCCAAAUCCCACGACCUCCGACCUCCGACCCGCGGUCCGGCCUCGCCCAUCCGAUUUAGCUAGCCCGGCUUUUACGUGUAACCCCCAACCCCCCCCACUCCCCGUGUUGUUAGUAUGUGCCGUGCGUUACGUGACGACCCCCCCCCCCCCUCCCCGGUUACAAAAAGUAAAAAAAAAACUUUAAAAAAAUCCCAACGAUAGUCAUAUGUAAAUACAUGCAGAUGCCUCAUAUCUCCUCUCUUACCCCCCCUCCCACCCCCCUUGUCCACACCUCCAGACCUCACCUUCCAGAGUCCUGACAUGGGAUUCGGCUCCCUGGCCCGACCCUCUAAGAACCUCCUCCCUCCCCAGGUCUUCCCUGCAUGCGUCGUGUUUGUCCUUUCGUGGUAGCGCCCCCCACCCCUUCACACUAACCACGUAGUGCGUGCGUGGGUGUGCGUGCGCGUGCGUGGGUGUGCGUGCGCGUGCGUGGGUGUGCGUGCGUGUGCGUGCGCGUGCGUGGGUGUGCGUGGGUGUGCGUGCGCGUGCGUGUGCGUGCGCGUGCGUGCGCGUGCGUGCGUGGGUGUGCGCAGAGCCGCCUUUACGUUUUCUUUCGUCCCGCCCGAUUGGCACGCACCCCCCCCCCGCCCGUUCGUGUCCGCGUGUUGUGAGCCCGUGUUACUCGUGGUAAGGGCAGCUGUACAGACGUUUUGCUGUUACGAGUGGCUAAGUGCCCCCCGGCCCCCGCUGCCCAAUCUGUGCCCACCCCUCCCGGCUCGUGACCCACUGAACCCCUUACCCGACAAACAUGUGUGAUGACCCUGUAACCAACCCGGCACCCCCCCCCAUCUCUCCCUACUCCCAUCAGCAACAACACCGCGCGUGUCUGUCCACUUGUUGGACCACCUCCGUGCCCCCCCCCUCCCUCUGGUGUGUAAAUCUACCCCCCCCCCACCACCACCACCAAAUAACAGUCCCUAGACCCCCCCCCCCCACUUUCUCCUGACCUUGUUGUUGGUUUGUCCACACACACACCAGCACGCCUGGGUUCUCUAUGGCGAUGGCAGCUUACCCAUUUCCCUCCCCCCCGAGUUCCAAAAAGAAGAUAAAGUUUAAACAAUUUAGGGGGGUGGUGGUGUUGGGGCGGGGGGGUGGUUCGAGGUGGGUGGGGGAGUGGCCUGUCGGACACACGUGCUCUGUAACACACAAAACACACAACACCACACACACUGUAACACACACAACACACACGUUCGGGAGAGCGAGCAGAAGAAACGAUGCUGCCCGUGUUUUAUGGGUGGAGUAUUUGGGAGACACGGCGAGAGAGAAAGAGCGGUGGGUGGGGGGGUGACACGUGGCGCUACAGACAGAGAGGGACGCCAUGAGAUGGGAAUUGCCCCCCCCCCCCCCCCCCUGUACAGUGCUGGACCUGGUUCCCUCUGUUGAACCCAAUUUUUAGGCUGAGUUGACCCUAAAGGAGACCCCCUCCCCCCAGGCCAGGUUCAGAUCCCAGAUGUAUGUGUGUACGUGCGCGUGUGUGCGCGUGUGACCCACGCCCUCACCCGGUUAAUCGUCUGCCAUGGGGUACAAAAAUGUCCCCAUAGCAGCGAGUGUCGUUUCAGCGACCCACCGAUCUUCGUCCCUUCCCCCGACUCGUUCCGAGUGGUGCGGCUCCCUCUGUCCACCGAUCGUGGCGCCUCCAUCCACACACCUGUGUGUGUGUGUGCCCCCUCCUCUUCCUCUCAGUCGGUGUGUGUGUGUGCGCGCGCUCGAGACGUGCAUAGCAUUACAUAGCGGAGUUGGCAAGUGUGGCAUUGUGUGUGUGUGUGCGCGCGUGUGUGUGAGUGUUAAAGGCGUGCGAGCUUACACGAGGACUGUGUAUGUGUAAUUGUAACCGAGUGCGAGGGAGUAUUAGGCGUGUGUAUUUUAAAUAAACGUGAGUGUAAUGAAAUGUGUGUGUGACUGAGUGAAUGCGUGUGGAGCGUAAUGGAGCAUUUAAGGAUAAUUGAACGUGCGCUUGUGCAGCCUACAACGGUGUGUGUGUGUGUGAUUGUGUACGUAUGACUGUUUUGUGUGUUUGUUGAAUGUGGCUGUGUGUGUGUGUGUAGCAAGCAAGUGUGUGGGUGAGGACAGGGGUGAGUGCGCAUGACCGUGUACCUGAGUGUAAGGUGUGUGUGUGACUUGCGGAAGUAGCUGGCCCCGUGUGUGCAUAACUGCGUUGUGUAAGGAGGCUAAGUCUGUGAUUGUGAAGGUGUGUGUGUGUCUGAGCGAGUGUGACUUUGUGUGUCGUGCCCUGCCCUCUAACGUGUGUUUCUCAGUCUCCCACACCCAUGUACUGUACUGUACUUGCAACUAGCCCAUGUGACCACCUAAUAUUUAUCUAAUAAAUAUCAAUCUUAGACAAAGAA